GUCGGGGGGGGCGGCUGGGAGCGCUGUGAGGGGGAAGAGGAUCGUUCUGUGGCUGGUAUGUAUAACACGGUGGUAGGAUCAUCCCCCUCCCCCCCGAGUAGCUUUCCUCAGGGGCCACCGCGCGGCCAGGGAGAGUCCCAUGGAAUGCAGCUGGACGCCGGCGCGCCACAACAGCGACUUGUUUGGGUAUAGCCGCUGGAAAACACAAUGCGGUUACUUGUUUGCCAAAUAGGAGGUGAAAACAUUGAGAAUUCUUCCUUCUACAGAUUUAUGACAAGCACAGCCUGCGCUUCGUCAGGACCCUGUUCAGAGUCUCCAUGUUGUCCCAUCGAGAUGGGACUGAUCUGACAAGAAGCUGGGGACGUUCUGUUUGGGCUGAGCGUUUCCAUUAAGCUCUUGACUGUGAAAAAGGCAGGUCUGUAUCCUUCAGGAAGCAGAGAGGUACAGACUAAAUGGAUCUAAAGACAGCAGUCUUCAACGCAGCUCGUGAUGGCAAGCUGCGGCUCCUUUCCAAGCUACUGGCAAGCAAAACAAGGGAAGAGGUGGCCCAACUGAUGUCAGAGAAAACCAAUGGUGCCACACCACUUCUGAUGGCAGCCCGAUACGGUCACCUCGACAUGGUGGAAUACUUGUUGGACCAUUGCUCUGCGUCCAUAGAAGUUGGUGGUUCGGUGAAUUUUGAUGGCGAGACCAUCGAGGGGGCUCCGCCGCUGUGGGCAGCGUCGGCCGCUGGCCACCUAAAGGUGGUUCAAUGUCUGCUGGAUCACGGUGCAUCUGUCAACAACACGACCCUGACAAAUUCGACGCCGCUCAGAGCUGCCUGUUUUGAUGGUCACCUGGAAAUAGUAAAAUACCUUGUGGAGCACAAAGCAGACCUGGAAGUAUCAAACCGCCACGGGCAUACCUGCUUGAUGAUCUCCUGUUACAAAGGCCACAAAGAAAUUGCUCAGUAUUUACUUGAAAAAGGAGCUGAUGUUAACAGAAAAAGUGUUAAAGGAAAUACAGCGUUACAUGACUGUGCUGAAUCUGGAAGUUUGGAGAUCAUGAAGAUGCUUCUCAAGUAUUGUGCUAAAAUGGAAAAGGACGGUUAUGGAAUGACUCCCCUUCUGUCAGCCAGUGUUACAGGCCACACAAAUAUCGUGGACUUUCUGACCCAGCAUGUACAGACUAGUAAGGCUGAGCGCAUAAAUGCGCUGGAACUUCUAGGAGCAACAUUCGUGGACAAAAAGAGAGAUCUGCUUGGUGCUUUGAAAUACUGGAAGCGAGCUAUGGAAAUGAGAUACAGUGAUAGAACUAAUAUCCUGAGCAAACCGGUGCCACAAACACUAAUUAUGGCGUAUGAUUAUGCUAAAGAGGUAAACAGCUCAGAAGAGCUAGAAAAUCUUAUUGCAGAUCCUGAUGAAAUGAGAAUGCAAGCAUUAUUAAUUAGAGAACGUAUUCUUGGCCCUUCUCACCCAGACACAUCGUAUUAUAUUAGAUACAGAGGUGCUGUCUAUGCAGACUCUGGAAACUUCAAGCGUUGCAUCAACUUAUGGAAAUACGCUUUGGACAUGCAGCAGAGCAACCUUGAUCCACUGAGCCCUAUGACAGCCAGCAGUUUGCUAUCGUUUGCUGAACUUUUCUCAUUCAUGCUUCAGGAUAGGGCAAAAGGCCUGCUAGGCACUACUGUCACAUUCGAUGAUCUAAUGGGUAUACUGUGCAAAAGUGUUCUUGAAAUAGAACGAGCCAUGAAACAAACCCAGUGUCUUCCUGAUCCAACACAGCUGAACAAAGCCCUUUCCAUCAUUUUGCAUUUGAUUUGUUUGUUGGAGAAAGUACCUUGCAGCGCAGAACAGGAACAUUUUAAGAAACAGACUAUCUACAAGUUUCUUAAACUUCAGCCUAGAGGGAAGAAUAACUUCAGUCCACUUCACCUUGCUGUUGACAAUAAUACUACCUGUGUCGGUCGCUACCCAGUUUGUAAAUUCCCCUCUCUACAAGUUACUGCUAUCCUGGUGGAAUGUGGUGCUGAUGUAAAUGUCAGAGACUCUGAUAACAACAGUCCAUUACACAUUGCUGCACUGAACAACCAUCCAGACAUCAUGAAUCUUCUUAUCAAGUCAGGUUCACAUUUUGAUGCCACAAACUCCCAUAAACAAACUGCUAGUGAUUUGCUGGAUGAGAAGGAAAUAGCAAAAAAUUUAAUCCAGCCCAUAAAUCAUACUACUUUGCAGUGUCUUGCUGCUCGUGUAAUAGUGAAUCAUAACAUAUCCUAUGCAGGGCACAUCCCUGAAAAACUGGAGAACUUUGUUUUGCUUCAUAGAUGAUAGUGUAGUGUCCCAGAGCACUGGUUUUGAAGCACGACUUGGUGAUAAUAUUUUCUUUGAGCACUGUUGUGAUACACCAGCGUUCCCUUAGCUUGCUCCAUUUUGCUCUCAUUGGCUAAAGUGUUGUUAGCAUCAGAUCUGCAGAGUUGGUUACCCAGUAUUUAAUAUGAAUAUGCCAUAUAAUAUAUUUUGUGGAUUAUUUAGAAAUGUAAUGCCAUAUCUAGACUUUCAAAUUGUCUGCCAAAGGCUUGUCUUUUCUGGUCUUAUUUGCCUGUUGAGUGUUUGGGACUGAGACGAGUAUUUUCCACUGAUGUCUUUCUACUGUAAUUGUCAUGUGGAUUUUAUACAGUUGGAAGGUCAUCUUUUUUUGGUUUUGCUUGAGCAUUUCUACUCUUACUCUCUUCUUUUUCUAUGGACUCAUUGCUAAACUGUACAAGUUGUAUGGACUUGUUAACAUUUGCAACUACCAUAAGUGCUUUUAUCUUCUCUAUGCACUGGCUUAAACAUGACUGUUGUGUGUGAGCAUAUUUCUAUGCAGCACUUGGCCAAUUUCAACUUAAAUGCCAAUUUUGUUUUGCAGUUUGUUUGGAGCUCUUUUGAGAAUGCUGUCUUCUUAGCAUGAUGAAUUUUGGAGUUAUUUAUCAGCUCUCCAAACUUGGGUUUGACUUUUUUGACUGCUGUAACUGAGAUUGCUUUCAUCUUGUUCCUCUGGAAAUUUGUCCUAAAUUUGGGAAAAGAAAAUCUUGCUUUUUCUGAUUGUAGUCCACUUGAACUUUAAAUCUGAAAAUUGUUCUAUUGCAUCGUGCAGCUGGGGGAAGAGUCCUCCUUAUGUACAACUGACACCUUCCCCCUUGCACUAAUGUCUUGCUUGUGCUGAUUAUGUGACUAGAUGUGAAGUUUGCUCAGAGUUUAACCUCAAACCUUAAUGAUACACUUUAACGAGAAGUAGUUCAAAUAUAUGCUGUACUUUAAAAUCUGCAAAUCUACAGAAGAAACUAAAGCAUGUUUGUGGCAUGAUGCUUAUCAGUCCAGAUCUAGACAUCACCUAGUAUAGUAAGUGGCUGUCUGCCAGGAUAUUGGAAAUUCUAUAACAGUGUCCUUUUUUCUUCUUUUUAAGUAUCUUUAGAAAUACUUGCAUGGAUUUUUCAUCUCUACUGUGUCAGCUCUACUUAACAAAAGCGGAAGUUCUGUUGUGUAUAUAGCUCCUAAUUAAAGUACAUAUUUUUAUAAUA